CGUCUUCGGCUGCUACAAUAAUAAUAAUAUUAUAAUGGGACACGUGCGUUCGAAUUAUUAAUUAUCAUUAUCGUUAUUAUGAUCACAUUGUUAUCAUUUAAUACGCUGUGUAGGCACGUCAUAAAAUAAUAAUAUUAUUACUAAUAUAUCCACACACUCGGCGGCUGGUGAAAGUGAGCGACGCGAUCGGGUGUUACGUGCGCGGGCGCUGUCGACGUGAUGGCGGCGGUGUGCGCGCGUGGGAACCACCGAUCUUCGACUCAUUCUUCGUCUUGUACGGUCUUCUUCUUCUACUCCACCGCCGCCGCCGCCGUCGUCCGAGUAGGCUAAACGUAACGGUAUAUGCCACGCUACGGAGCUGCUGCUGACCCAGUUUCGUGGUCGCCGCCGCCGUCGUCGUCGCCGUCCGGCCAGUCAGUCAGUCUCGCGUGCGACACCCGGCCGAGCUCAGUAAAACCCAUGUGCGUGGUCGCGCGCGCCCCUACAGUGUACUGCAUGUGGACGACUCAUGUACUUAAAGAUACUAUUCCUUUGGGCACUGCCGUUGGAGCUCAAUGGUUACGGUUACGACGGUUAUAGCACCUGCACAAAACCAUAUCGAAAUGCAAGAGCCAAAUUUCCAGAUUUGCCGUGCGAUUUUAACACUCAAUCAUGGUGCAUGGUACCUGGAUCAACGUACCCGUGGCACGCGGUCCGACGGUUCGUUUUCGAGAAUCACGGUUUGAUGAAACGCAUGUACGGCGAACAGCGACACAUAUCGGUGUUGCGCGCCGACAUGGACACCAACGACAUCGAAGGUGGCGUCUGGAACCGCCGCCGGGAGGAGUCGUCGUUGAACCGCUACGACUCUCAACCGUCGCCACCGGUACCUACUUUGGGGACCUCAACCGGCACCGCUACAGCUAGCAACGUUACCAGCUCUACUACGACGACGUCGGCAACGUCGGCGACGGCGACCACCGCGACCACGACCACGACGUCCACCGCCCGGCCGUCCAACGUCACCGCCGCGUCCGUGGCCGACGUCAUGCCGCCCACGACGACCACCGCCGAAGAAGACGUAGAAGACGGCACCGCGGAAGACGUUACCGUGGACGACCAGUUGCAGUUCGAAACCACCACCGAACCGAUAGCGUCGACCCAGCGCACCGACCAGGUGCAAGAGCAACCGGGAUUCUUCCAGGAGUCCACCGAUGGCGGCACGGACAACACUCAGAAAUCAAAAGGCAUUAACGCUUGCCCGGUAAAGGAAGAGGUGGUCGCGCCGUUUUGGGCGAACAACACUCGCGGCGAAGUGCUCGCUCUGCUCAAUCUCUACCCGUUCGAGCAGUACGUUCACUGGGAGCGAUGCACGUUCGAGAACAAGCAGAUGUUCUGCCGCCAGGGCUGUCGAUGCGAACAGCAGUACCGCUUGCACAGGCUGCUCGCCUACGACCCGUCCAAUGACUGUCGCGGAAUAUUCUCCGACUGGUUCAGGUUCCCGUCGUGCUGCGUGUGCCGUUGUUACGAUCUGCCCAACGACCUGAGGAUCACUUCCCGCAGUCCUCGCACCGAUGGAGACGACGGCACCGGCAGCAACGGCAACAGCAAUGACCUCGACACGUGGUUCCAAAAUCCGUUGAACUCUUAACUCUUACUUUUCUUUACACGAUAUUAUUGUAUUAUUAUAACGUAUCCGUGUUGUAUCUUUAUUCCCUCACUCUUUCUCUCUCUCUCUCUUUCAAUAAUAUUAUUUGUUACUGCACAUCAUUUAGUGUUGGGCAAAAAAAAAAACCACUUGCAGAUCGACGGGUCAUCUGAAAGAUUAUACCGCACAUCGACAUCAAUACAGCAAAAAUUGAAUUGAAAACCGAUAAAUCUCGAUAAACAUAGGUACCUACUACCUAACCUACCUACAUUCGAUUUGAAUUAUUUGUCAAUUUACUAAUGAAUUGAGACGACUACGUAGGCAGGUACUAACUAAUAGUAAUUGAUACUUAUGACUCUAAAUUAUAAUAUGAAAAUACCUAGUGAGAUCAAUACUCAUUUCACCAUUCCAUCUCCAUGAUUAAUAUGUAUUGUAAGCCAGGGAUAAUUUCGUUUAGCUUUUUUUUUUUUAAUUAUAAAAUUUAUUUUAUAAUUGUUAUCAUAUUAUAUACAUGGACCCACAAAUUCAACAAAUUUAUACAUUUUAUUGAAUUUUACAAAUUUUAAUUGGCAGUCGUCGCUUAGACGUCCACUAUUUAAUAUAUUUUUUUUGCCUUACACUGCCGUGCAUAAUAUGCAGACGUUUUAAUCUAUAUAUUAUAGAAGCCAUAAGUUUGUAAUAAUAUUUUUGUUUUUAAAUGUUUAUCAAAUUUAACUCGUAGGUAUCAUCAAUAUAAUAUAUAUUUUGUACAUAAACAUUAGUGUACAUAUAAUAUUUUUUAUGUAGUGUUAAGGUGUUUCAAUCUUGUGAUACGUAUAAAUUAAUUAUUACUAUUAUUUAUUUAUAUUUUAAACUUAUUCAUUGAUACAAUGAUAAAUGAUAUUAUGUGCAUAUACUUGUGGGAUAUUCUCGUGUCCAUGUUUAUAUUCACUACAAAUCAUUAUGGAUUUACGAUUUGAAACUACAAAGUUUAUCGUUGAUGUAUGAAAAUAAUGUUAAAUAUUAAUGUUACAUAUCGUAUUGUUGAUAUUAUAAUAUAAAUAUUUACAGCAUGAGUAUUAAAGUCAUUCUGUCACUCAAG